AUGACUUCCGGCGUUACACAACCUCCUUACCCCCUCCACGAGUCCGUCAAGGAUCUGUUGGACCCAGAGUACGUCGCAUUCUACAAUGAGCAUGUCAUCAACAAUCAACAAGUCCACCUCCAGCCCGUGGAGGCCUCGCGGACGAGCGGUGUUUUGAUUCCUGGUGCCGGUCCUAUGUUGGAAGUAGGCAAGACCCAAGAUAUCACUGUUCAACGUCGCGCGACCGAGGGCCCCGCAGUCCCCAUCCGUGCUUUCACCCCCAAAGGCCAUGCACCUCCCAGUGGAUGGCCUGUGAUGCUAUAUUUCCACGGUGGUGGCUGGGUGCUGGGAAACAUUGAUACCGAGAACGUUGUCUGCUCUAAUCUCUGCGUGCGCGGCAAUUGCGUUGUGGUCACUGUCGACUAUCGUCUUGCACCCGAGAAUCGCUGGCCCGCCGCCGUGCACGACAGCUGGGAAGCCCUUUUGUGGUUGAUCACCGAUGGCCCCGCCGCGCUAUCAGUGGACGUAUCCAAACUCGCAACUGGCGGAUCUUCCGCUGGCGGCAACCUUGCCUCGAUCAUGACGCAAAAGGCGCUUACCCUGUCACCGCCUGUUCAGUUCCGAGCCCAACUGCUCUCUGUCCCUGUCACCGACAACACAGCCACGGUCGAGAACAGCGAGUCAUAUAAGCGGUAUGAGCACACCCCCGCCCUUCCUGCUCGCAAAAUGUAUUGGUACCGCGAUCACUAUGUGCCUAACCAUUCCGACCGCACCAAUCCUGAGUCCAGCCCACUGUUCUGGCAGGGAGAUUACUCACAACUACCGCCUGCCCUGGUCAUGGUGGGAGAGUGUGAUGUGCUGCGUACGGAGGGCGAGCAGUAUGCAGAGAAAUUACAGAAGGCUGGUGUGCCUGUUGAUUUGCAGGUGAUGAAGGGUAUGCCGCAUCCCUUCCUUGCUAUGGAUGGGGCGUUGUCAGAGGGUAAAAGAUGCAUCACCCUCAUGUGUGAUGCACUGCAAACGGCCUUUUGGGCUUGA